AUUAGUGAGUUGAUUUACUAGUCUAUUGUUAGUGAGCUUCAUCUGAACUUAAAAUUUAACCAUAAAAACCAUUCAAAAUUAAACUUCAGUGUAAAUCGUUGUUUAACCCUUGAUUUUGAUUUAGUGAAAGUAACAUUACACAGAAACAGUAACUUUACAUUGCUAACGUGUUUAAAAGAUGCUUUGUUAUUCAACCAAAUUCAUCAUUAUUUUUGCGCUUAUGGUUACUGUCUCAGGACGAACUUGGAACUUUUUUGCCUUAAAUUCACCCAAACCAUGUCAAUCAUCAGAUGAUUGUAGACGGGGUGAAUGUUGCGCUAUUGGUUUUGCCAGAUUCAGUGUUCCAAUGUGUAAACCAAUGGGUAGGAUUAACGAUUGGUGUUAUCCAGACAAUGAACCAGAAAAUAUGACACUUCAUUAUCCAUAUGGAUCAGAGGCUUACACCAAUGUUCAUCGGAACUUUUGUCCAUGUAAACAACCUCUCACUUGUGAACAUAAUAUUUGUAAAUUUGAAAGAUUCAAUUAUUAUUAACUUUUGUUAAAUUCAAAUUACAUGUAUACAUAAAGAUAAAUUUCAUCUU